AUGGGGGAAGUACAAGCAGUUUUAGCCACCUCAAAAAGUGAUAUCCAAUCUACUACAAUAGCAGAAUGCUGGGCACUUCUCAGAGCACUAUUUUUCUGUGAUGAUCUCGGCUUGAGGUGUGUACAAUUCAAGGGGGAUGCAAAACUGGUUGUGGAUGCUGUUCACAAGUCAACCACGGAUUGCUCUUGGGAUGGACAGAUUAUUGAGGAUAUAAAGAGUACAUUGUUGUCUCAUCAAAAUUGGACUAUCAAGCAUGUGGUGAGAUCUGGAAAUAAAGCGGCUGAUGCUGCUGCAAAGUUAGGCUUGUCUUUAGAUUCUGAAUUGACUUGGAUAGAAGAGGAACCUUUAGAGGUUUCUCCCUUUAUCCUUGUUGAAAAACAAAAGGUAGUUGGUGGUUAA